AUGGUGACAGCAUCCGUUUUGAGAUACACUACUCCAAGAGGUGUGGGUAAUAUGUGUUAUAUUCUGAUAUGGGAUUAUGGUCCAUAUUAUCGCCAGAGUUAUGCAGAACACACUCGUAUUGUUGCACAAAUAAAAUAUAAGAAUGUAGGUCUACGUAUGCCAGAGCAUUUCCUCCAGUUCACUGCAGAACCUCGUUGGUGUGAUUUACUUAGGUGUGAGCUGCUUCUGGAAAAAAAAACAGUGAUAGACUUCGGAAUGAAGAUUCUCGUUUCCUGCUUUACAAUCUGUAUUUUGUUAUCUACUGUGACUUCGAAUAAGCUCCUCAAAGACACUGGACAAGGAAAUUCCGAAGAACAAAUCAUCUUCAAAAAUCCUUCAGAAAAAGACCACGAAGGAUUCAUUGUAAAGGUUGUCCCUGCACAAUUAAAGGUACAAGGAACAGCUAAUGAGAGAGAACAUUUAGAGGUACAAGGGACUAGUGGGAGAGUCGGUGAUGGAAUCAAGAAGACGGGGGAAAGGGAAGAGGAGGAGAAAGGCUUUUUGGAAAAGAAUGCGGAAUAUUGUAGAUUGAGGCAUAACUUGCUCGAUUGCAACUUUAACGGGAAAGAGUUGGUUAGCGUAAAGGAUUUUGCAGCCGAUGAAGGCAUUGAGAUACUCCUCGUAAGGAACGCCUCCCAAGUGUUUCUAUUGGAGUCCGUGUGCUACGAUCUCGUGCUGGAGGACAUCGGGUACGUGUUGGUCGAGGGGCGUCUUCCGUCCGACUGCCCGGGAGGGAAAGUGCUCGCAAUGAGGAACGUCUCCCUCAAUCGUCUACCGGAAGCUGUGAAUUCGGUCUCCGUUUUUAAUUCCUUUAUCGAGGAGAUGGCCUUGCAUGUCGCAGAUACGUUUCUAGUGAAAGAGAGUAAAAUAGGGAGCCUAGACGUCUCGACGACUCUGAAAAGCGAAGUCACUGUUACAAUAAAUCAGACUGAAGUCGGCCUGGUGCAAAAACUACGCGUGAGCGAUCGCUCCGCGUUAUUUUUAUCCAACUGCACUUUUGGCAGCAUGCGAAAGCAUGCGGUGGUACUUGGUUCGGGCAAACAUGUGGUCCGUGACGUCAUAAUAAAACAUCCCUCCUCGACUGCACCCAACAUCGGUCUGAGAGGUGAAGCGGAGGUGACAUUUACAGAUCUUACAGGCUCCAUGAAAAUUGUCCACGAAUCUUGCUCUCCUGCUGUACACGAGACCCCUUGCUCUCAGCCACCCCUUAGGGAUAUAGCCUCAAGUCAUUCUUCUGUCCACUCAGUGACAGAAAAAUCAAAUGAGCGAGACUCAGUAUCUACGUGUGUGAUCAUCCAGAGCGGGAAGAACUUCGAAAACUGCCAGAUGUUUGUGAUAUUGUUUACGUUCUCGGUCUUCCUAAACAUCGUCCAGCUCCUGUUCAACCAGCCACGUGAACUCCUCAUGAAGAUGUUUCGUAUCGAAUCGUCAGUAUCCGGUAGGCCUGGCAGUUCGAGGCCUAAAAGGGAUAGCACACUAAGCGAAGACGGAGAUGUACCCUUUCUCCCUGACACAAACAUCGUCGGAAGAAAACGAGGCGCGUCUUUUCCGGGUGACAGCAAAGCGGUCGUAGAAAACGGAGACCCCUUCAGCAACCCAGUCUUCGUCAGCGAAAUUCAGAUGGUCGAUGAAAGGCGUUCAAGAACUUACCGGCAUAGCCUAAGUGCCGACUCAAAGGAUGAAGUAGAUACAUUCCUACCAAAGGAUGAAGCAGAUAUAUUCCUAUCAAAGGAUGAAGCAGAGUCUAAGAAACCUUUUUUAGUUCCACGACGACGCAUUCGGUCUAGCAACAGUUCAUAGAUAACUUUUUAUCUGUUAUCAGUAAUCGUUGAUAACAGUGAUUAGGCUAGAGAAAAUAUGCAUUUCCUUCGGUAUUGGUCUAAUGUGAUGGUGUGUAUCGGUCGGCCCAGAUUAUAAGGGAUUGUGUUAAUUUUAAAGUAACAUUCAUGACUUUCAUGUGUGCAAGUUUAGAUAAGGUUAUAGAUAAGUUAACCCUAACCCUCGUAAAUCCGAGGUAUAUAAUAAAGAAUGCUUAAUAUUAAAAAAUAAUAAGAAAUUGGAAGAAAAAAAAACAAUGUUGUCUUUAAAUACGGUGUAAUUUACCAGAAGCUUUCUGCAAAUUAUGCAAAAAGGGGUUAAUUCGUUUGGAUAGUACUGAUAUACACUUGGAAAUAAAAUAACAACAGUAGCGGAGUAGGCAAAUGCAUAUUUCUGUGUUCCUGUGACCUAACGGAAGCCAGAAAUGUAACAGAUAAAUCGUAAACUACACGAUAAUGCAUUUUACAUACUUGGAAUUAGAAAUCAUGCGCCAUCUAUAUAAUGACUUAAUCUCGUAAUAUUACUAUAAGAUGUAUAAUUUUCUACAUUACGCUGUGAGCUUCGAGUGCAAGUGUAAAAUCUUUGUCAUUGUUAUAUUGUUGCACGUUUAUAUUCUCUCUAUAUUUUCUGUUAAAACUUAACUCAUGUUUUUAAAGAAUUUGACAUUAUAUUAAUCACUUUAUUAUAGUUAGUGUCAUUAUCAGUUGAUAAGGCGCCCUAAAGAAAAAUAUGGUUUAUUCACUAGCACAGAAAGUACUUUGAUGUGAUUUCCUUAUCAUAGUCGAUAAGAACAUGACUGAAGACCAUGAUCCCAACCCACCAUUAUCUCUUAAAGAGUAACCACUAUGUGAAUUAAAUGUAAGAUAUUCAUCUCAGAAUUUGUUCUUGUACCUCCAAAUAUGCAUAAGAUUAAAAAAAAAAUGAAUUAAAAAAACGUGUUUUAUAUUUAUAGCCUUUUGAAUGAACAAAUUCUGGGCCCAAAACGUCGUCUGCCACAGCUUAUAACUCAAAUAUUACCAGUAGCGCCACUAACCCGGCCAUGACGUCAUGAGUUGUGUUCAUUUUCUUUGUCAUCGCCGUGAAUGCAUGGAUGAGAACCUUUUGUGUGAUAUUUUCGUGUGAUAUUUUGUAUGCAAACGCUUCUUCUUGCCUAACAUUUUCCAGCACCAUCUUACUAGUUGGCGGUAUGCAGUGUAUCUAUAUUUCCUGCAAUAAAGAGUGGAAAAAAAUGAACUUAACUGUAUAUAAUUUUUGAAAGAUUUAUUGUGAUAGCCAGUUUGAAAUAAAAAAGAUGUUCUGUGAUAUUGUUAUUAAUAAUGUACAAAUCUGUAGAUAUAUAGAUGUUGUAAAUGUUAUCAAUAGUAUAUCUGUAAAAAUAUAUUCAAUUAUUUAA